UAAUAAAGAAAGCCCAUAUAUAUUCUUCCGAGAGAUUUCUUUUUUUUUUCUUUUUUCUUUUUUUUUUGACUUCGAGGACUUUUUUGUUUACUCUCUAGGGUCCUCACGCUGCUAUAAAACCCUCUCAUCCCCCCCCAGUGUCCACCGGACAACGGGGAGAUCAUGGAAACGACGUCGGCGUGGAAUACCACAGGCUUACAUGUACGGCGGAAUGUGGGUCUGUUACAUAGGUCCUUCUACUGGGGACAUAAUUCCGUAAUCCUCUUCUCGGGUUGGCCAGGUUCCAGUCCCGGCAUGUACGCGUUGGCUCUGAUCUUUGUCUUCGUACUGGCGGUGAUGGUGGAGUGGCUAUCCUAUUGCAGCUUUAUCAAGCCUGGCGCAAACAAAGUCGGCGCGGGGUUCUUUCAGACUGGGUUGUAUGCUGUGCGCGCGGGGCUGAGUUACUUGGUCAUGCUGGCACUCAUUUCGUUUAACGGCGGUGUUUUCCUAGUCGCCAUUUUCGGGCAUGCAGUGGGGUUCCUCAUUUUCGGGAGCCGGGCUUUCAGGAAGUCGGAGAAAUCGCCCGAUCUCCCUCCGAGGAAGUGAUGAGCUGAAUAAUUAACGUUCAGUGUUUGCCAUGAGAUGAGAUGAUCAAAGUUAAUUCUCUUCGCGAGCCUAAGUAACAGUCGCCUCUUUUUUUCCUUUUUACUAAGAAAUCCUGAUUGAGGAUUUUGGAACUACCUGGAUUCUUUUUUUAAAUAAUAGCUGAACCUCCCC